GAUCGAGUUAAGAAAAGUGCCGGAAUAUACAAAAGUGAAAUAUUUUGUCCACGUUUCUUGGAUAUAUUUGUUAAUAUAAAUUCAGAAAAAAUCAAUUUAUAAAAAAAUGUAGUAGUUUUUUAAUUUUAAUUUAAUUAAAUUCUUGAAUUGAACUUGACUUGUUAGAAAGUUGAACCUUGAAUUGUUGAGUAGUUAAUUGAUAAAGAGAAAGACUAGAGAGAAAAGAUUGACAGCACAUAAUUUUUUGUUUGCUUUAGACUUUAGUUUAGUAUUUAAAAUUAAAAUAGUUAGCUUAGUAUUUAAUUUUAAUUAAUAAAACGAUAUGCCAGAUUGAUCAAUAUAAAAACAAAUAAUAAAAUUUAAAUUAAUAAAUGUAAAAUACUGUAAUUAAUUAUUAAUUUUAUCUCAAUCUGAAGUACAUGUCAUCAUAUUUUGAUUUAUUAUUUCGGAUAAAAAAAAAGAAUGAAGGAGCAUUUGCUGCUGGUAGCAAGUAGACAGCCAUGGUAACAAAAAAACAGUGAAGAUGGCCAUUUCCUUGCAGACUGCCAAAGUUUCUUGGGCGUGUAGAGGUGAUGGUGAAGAUGGUGAGGAAGAUAUGAAGGAAGUAGCAAGCUCAGUUAAUGAUGGCAGUCUUGAUCUUCAUCUGCAGAAAUGCAUAUAUUUCAGUGAUUACCAGAUCCAAACUAGUUAUGUUGAUGCCAGGCUUGCAUAUGAAUUUGCCAAAAAGUGUAAUGACAAAAAUAAAAAUAUUUCACAUUUUGGAUUUUUUUCACAGAAUAAAGCUACCGGCAAAAAAAGAACUUUAAAGAAUUUUUUAAAUGCAGUUGGAAGUCGCCUGGCUAGAGAAACAGAGUAUACAGAUUCCAUACUGGACAACGAGAGAGCAAUAUUGAGUGAAGUUGUGAUGCAAACCUUGCCCGAUGACUAUGGUGAUGAGGAAGACGAUGACUAUGACGACAGUGAGGAUGAUGAUGGGCAAAAUGUCUGUGGCUUGGAAGGGUGUGGAGGCAGUCCUGCCAAUGUCAGGAUGGUGCAGAGGCUGCUCUAUCACUUGGAUGUCAUGAAAGCUGCUACAUCUGCUUUCGUCAACGUUAACAACAUAAAGUGGAAUUUCUACGACAUGUGUCAUGCGCAAAGGUUCCCAAAUGUAGAUGAUGAUCACGAAAUAGAUAAGAUACUGGAUGGCUUGCAGACUUGUGUGAUUGUCACUCCGCUGGAUUGCUUCUGGGAGGGCAGCAAACUUCUGGGACCUCAGGAUCCUGUCAAAAUACCAAAUUUUGGUUCCAUAGAGUUCAAAUGGACCAACUUGAACCCCAGAAUGUUGGUAAAUGGCCUGCGAACAUUCUCCUCGCUCAGCGCCAAGUACUUCAAAGAGCUGAUGGAUAAGGCAGGAGUAACAUCUGGCUACCAGGAGAAACCCUGCUUGAAUCCUUUCGAUGAGGAGUGUCCCACCACUGCACCCAAUUAUGCCAGCAAAAAGCUACCGGAUGUGAUGUCGUUACUGUCGAGCGGUUGUUCGGGGAUCAGCAGCAAGUAUAUGCGCUGGAAUGUGAAUUUCUUGUUAGGAGGUGUGACGUGGAACGACACCCAACAUCUCACCAGCCAAUACAACUCUCUUAGAUAA